AUUGAUUUUUCAGCGCCCCCAAUAAAAUAUUUCAUCGAGAAGUAGAGCGCAUAUUUCUCGCUUACAAUAUUGGGGAAAUCGAAAUAAGCACAACUCAAAUUGAAUCAAAUCAAUAUUACAGCAGUAUUAGCAUCCCAGCAACCACCAUAGGUCUCGCGGAGACAGCCGUCCUGGACAUAAUGGCUGCUAAUUUGCAACAGCAGCGCUCCAUCAACUUGCAGCUACGGCGGGAAGUGGAGAUGGAGCGUAUGCCCGUCUCGGUGGCAUGCUCCUUGAUGAUGAAGUACAUGUUGGAGCACGAGGAGGAAGACUGCCUGCUCAGCGGCUUCACACAGAAGGUGAAUCCGUUUCGCGAGAAAAGCUCCUGCAGCAUCCUGUAGAUUCGGAUACAUCAUGAUCCGGACCCAAUCCUAACAGUAUUAUCCUAUAAUGUAUACUCAAUCACGGCGAAGUUCAGAAUCAGUCGUAUUACCUAUUUGCUGUUCGUUGUAAGUGUGCUGACCUCAAUUAUGUCUAUAAACUAAGUAUAUACAUUGGAAACGGACGAACCGAGAAUUUAUGGAUGUAUAAACAAAAUACGAGAAACCGUCUUCACCUAAAACGCCUGCAUAUGUGUGUAUGAAUAUCGUGUAUUUUGCUAAUCCUGUAGCUCUUUAUUGGAGAAUUUAGCAAAGCCCCAUCCUAUAUAGAUGUUUCCUAUUGAGAUAUUCCUGAAAUAAAGUCAUGUAACCAGUGAUUUUCAUGUG